AUGCUGCGACGGGCCCUGCUGUUGCUGGGCGGCAAGCCGCCGCUGGUGCGCUGGCGCCCGCUGGACGUGUCGCACUUCGACGUCUGCGUCAUCGGCGCCGGCCCCGCCGGCAUCGCCGCCGCCCUGCGUGCCGUCGACUACAACAAACGCGUCUGCCUCAUCGAGGCGAACCGCGUGGGCGGCUGCGACUUGUGGAACGGCGCGCUGCAGUCGAAGAUGAUGUGGGAGAUGUCGAACUUCUUUGCGAAGGCGAACGGCAGCGUGGCGCGGCGGGUGUACAACACCACCGUCGCCAGCUUCAUGGAGCCAGACGAGGCGAAGAUGCGGGAGACGCUCGUGCGCGGGAGCGAGAUGCGGGAGCAGCAGAUCCUCGCGGCGCUGCGGGCGGCGGCGGUGUCGGUGUUGUACGGCGGCGCCUUCUUCGUCAGCCCGCGCGAGGUGGAGGUGCGGAACCGCGCGACGAAGGAGUACCGCACCGUCACGGCCGACUACUUCAUCGUCGCGACGGGGUCGGCGCCGCGCGAGCACCCGUACGUGCAGACCGACCACAAGCACGUGGUGACGUCGGACGAGCUGAUGAUGAUGCCGCUGCCGCGCAGCAUGGUGAUCGUCGGCGCCGGCGUGCUCGGCAGCGAGUUCGCCGCGAUCUACGCCCGCCUCGGCAAGACGCGGGUGUACCUCAUCGACAAGGAGAGGUGCAUCCUCCCCGCGGAGGACGACGACGUCGUGGAGCGGAUACAGCAGACGAUGGAGGCCGACGGGGUGGUGAUACACCGCGACUCCGUGCUCUACCAGAUGCAGGCGUGGGAGGCGCCGGCGGCGGAGCCGGGGCGGCGCAGCGGGGUGCGCUACAGCAUCAUGAACAAGCGCACCCGCGAGAUUGAGACGUACGAGGUGGAGCGCGCCCUCAUCGCCGUCGGGCGGACGCCGAAUUACAAGGGCCUCGGACUCCAGAAUGCGCACUGCCGGGUGCGGGAGGGCGCGCUCGUGCUCGACGCAUUCGGCAAGUGCGUCGACCAGGACCACAUCUACGCCGUCGGGGACGCGGCGAACGACUCCAAGCUGGUGAGCGUCGGCGAGGCGAAGGGGCGCCUCGUGGUGGACCGCAUCUUCGGCGUGCAGCCCACGCUGCCGCUGCAGCACGACUUUACGCGAAUCACCUUUCUCAGCGUCGCCGUGGCCUCGGUGGGCAUGAAUGAGAAGCAGUGUCAGAAGAAGAAGAUAUCGUACGUGAUGGCGCGCUACGGGUUUGAGCUCUGCAGCCGCUCCGUCGCCGCCUGCAACACCAACGGCUUUGUGAAGAUUCUCGCCACAAACGACAGCAAAAAGACGCUGCUCGGCGUGCGGGUGCUGGGGCUGAACGCGAGCACCAUCAUCGAGCUUGCCUCGGCGGCGAUCCGGCGCAAGCAGUCGGCGUACCAGCUGAGCGAGCUUCUCACGGCGUACCCGUCGGUGUCGCAGGCCUUCCUGGAGUGCCUCUGCGUCAUCUUGGGCUCCUCCACGCUGAAGCCGGGCUCCUUCCCCGGCCUCGUCUGCCACACCUGGACACCGCCCGACUACGAACGCGGGCGGGCCUACGCCCCCGACGCGGAGGCGGAAACUCCGCCCGCGGACCGCCCGGCGGUCCCGUACGAGGGGAGGGACAUGCGGGAGGAGCGGCGCUCCUUCCAGGAAAAGGCGUCCCACUUCUCCACGGCGGAGCUCCGGGCGGCGAAGAAGGUGGCGGAGGCCGUGGAGCUUGCCGCCGUCGCACGCGCCGAAACGGAGGCCGCGGCCUCACCCUCUUCCAGCGGCGGUGGCGUUUUCCCUGGCUCCUUCUUCCUUCGCCCCGGCCACCCCUGA